GCCUAUAAGUAGGCCUCAUGCUGAAUACAUACUGUCCAUUAUCGUAUCUAGUCGUUUUCUGUGGCAGAGUCAACUCUGAGAGUCAAGCUGACAGUGUCACUAAGUCAAGUGUGAGAGUGUAACAGUGUCAAGUGUGAGAGUGUCACAGAGUCAAGUCGGAGAGUGUCAGCAUGUCUGACUCAAGCACUGAAAAUGGCUUUCACAUCAGGGUGUCUGUGUCGGAGGACUGUGAAGCAAUCGUAGAUCUGAUCAAGGAACUUGCCGUUUAUGAAAAUAUGCCAGAGCAGGUCAAGAUCGGUGCUGAUGUGCUACGUCGUGAUGGAUUCGGAGAAGACCGGUACUUCCAUUGUUACGUUGCUGAAGUGCAAGACAAGGGCAAGACUCUUACCGUUGGCUACUGUUUAUAUUUCUUCACCUAUUCAACAUGGGAAGGAAGGAUGAUCUACCUCGAAGAUCUUUAUGUCAAACCGGAAUUCAGAGGACGGGGUAUUGGGAACGCAUUCCUGUCCACGGUCGCAAAGGUGGGCAUUGACAGGGACUGUUGUAGAAUCCACUUCGUCUGCCUCGACUGGAAUAAAAGUUCUAUAGAAUUCUACAAGAGGAAGAAUGGCAUCUGCCUGACAGAGAAGGAGGGUUGGCAGAUGUGGAGAUGGGAUAGGGAGGCUAUGAAACAAAUAGCGCAAGGUUAAGGGAGACUGCAAUAUCAAAACCUCGUCAUUGGCAACGGUUGCUUAGUGACAGACUAGCACCGCAGAGCGUACUUUGAGCUUCGAAGCAAAUGGUAGCUAUUCUGUCCGCUAGGUGGACUCCAGGUCGACUUUUAGUUGGACCAUUCGCGCCAUUCUCCGUGCAGCUCAAAGGAUACUUAGUUUUCUCUCUGCUACCACAGGCUUCCAGCUUGAGAUUACAGGUGCGUCAAAAUACUUGAAUUAGUCAGUCGCCUAUCGACCCAUCCGCCCCCAAUCGUUUGAAUAUCUCAGAAGUAUAUGCAUUGCCUGUUCGAAGCUCUGUGCUCAUAAAUUAACUAGCGGCAGGCGAAGAUCGCUAUGAUUACAGUAUCUUCACGCGUGUCUGAUCCACCCCAAGAAUGGAUUAGAUGGACCACGUGACUUCAAUAAUGGCGGCUAUAUUGUCAGACUAUACAUUCUCCCGCGAAUAUCUUGUUCCAAUGAGUCGCCUCUCCAUUUUGACGCAGGCUCAUAGUCUACAGGUGCGCCGCCUACAGGAACCUUUAAUUGAUAAUGUGAACGUAAGCAGUGUUUGGGACAUGCUUCAUUUU